UAGGAAGGAAGCAAGUCGAAAACAAUUGUUCCUAAAAUACGGUUAUUUAUUUAUUCUAUCAAUUGCUUAUUGCAAGGUUUUAAACAAACACACAGUAUUCUAACUUAAUAUUUACAUCACUCGUUGGCCCGGUCAAGAGUUAUCAUCUCGCGAGGUUAUCUUUAUCGUCUACUUGUUUUCAGUGUUAUUCUGAUGACGCCAGUUGUAUUUUAGCAUCGGAACUAGAUUGACUUAUCGUGGUAUUACAUUACAAUAAAAAAAAAUGCCCGACGCGUUUGAAAGUGCUUAUCCUCUCUCACCACCUCUAAACCCGGAAGAAUUGCGAGCACGCGCCAAUUCUUCUUCAAAGAAUAAAAAGCCAGUAGUAACUUUUCUUGGCGAUGAGGCCGUUGAGAUACCCGAUAAAUCAGAGGUCGGUGUAGACAAGCCCUUGGCGCGAGGCGAUGUUGAACUCGAUAGUAUUGCAGUAUCAUUUAACACGAUGCAUACAGCCUUACUCGAUAAAAGAGACCUUGAGCACAGAAUCUUUGUCAACAGAUCACUGCAUCUAGAAAAUGUUAAAUUUUACGGCUUUGAUAUGGACUACACCCUAGCUGAAUACAAAUCGCCACAAUAUGAAACAUUAGGAUUUAAUUUGACCAAAGAAAGAUUAGUGCACAAAGGUUACCCUCAAGAAAUAUUAGAGUUUGAAUAUGAUCCUUCUUUUCCAGUAAGAGGUCUAUGGUUCGAUACGUUAUACGGAAACCUACUAAAAGUAGACGCCUAUGGUAAUAUUUUAGUGUGCGUACAUGGAUUUGAAUUCCUAAAGCACUCACAAGUAUACGAAUUGUAUCCGAAUAAAUUCUUAACAUUAGAUGAAUCCAGAGUGUAUGUCCUGAACACGUUGUUCAACUUGCCAGAAACUUAUCUAAUAGCUUGCCUGAUAGACUACUUCACAAACUCGCCACAAUACACAAGAACAAAUUACGGUGUACGAUGUGGGGAUCUAGCAAUGUCGUUCAAGUCAAUCUUCCAAGAUGUAAGGAAUGCUGUGGACUACGUACACAUUCACGGAGAUCUCAAGGUCAAAACAAUAGAGAAUGUGGAGCUAUACUUGAAGAAAGACGACAGACUGCCAAUGUUCUUGUCGAGGAUAAAGGAGAGCGGAGCAAAAAUCUUUAUACUGACAAACAGCGACUACAAUUUCACCGACAAGAUUAUGACUUAUCUCUUCGACUUCCCAUACGGUGCUAAGCCUGGUGAACCUCAUCGGAACUGGAAGACUUACUUCGACUGGAUCGUUGUGGACGCUAAGAAGCCGCUGUUUUUCGGUGAAGGUACCACUCUGCGACAAGUAGACACAAAGACUGGGGCCCUAAAAAUGGGACACCACGUCGGACCCCUGCACGAGGAGCUCGUCUACUCAGGAGGUUCCUGCGAUGUGUUCACCGAUAUGAUCGGUGCUAAGGGCAAGGAUGUGUUGUACGUCGGCGACCACAUAUUCGGUGACAUCCUAAAGUCUAAGAAGAUUGGUGGGUGGCGCACCUUCCUCAUUGUACCCGAGUUAGUUCAGGAGUUGCAUGUGUGGACGGACAAGUGCCAGCUGUUUGAACAGUUGCAAGACCUUGACGUCAAACUAGGACAUAUGUACAAAGAUUUAGACUCGAGUACGAAGGUGAAGCCGGAUAUAUCCAAGUUGCGUAUUUCUAUCCGUGACGUCACACACAAGAUGGACUUGGCGUACGGUAUGCUGGGGUCACUGUUCCGCUCUGGAUCCAGACAAACAUUCUUUUCGUCACAGGUGGUGAGGUACGCGGACUUAUACGCGGCGUCGUUCCUGAACCUGAUGUACUACCCGUUCUGCUACAUGUUCCGCGCCCCGGCUAUGCUCAUGCCGCACGAAUCCACCGUCGCACACGAACAACGCUUCACCUUCGACAGACACACCAUAGACAGGAGCAGGAACUCCAGCGUUCCCCUUAUAAUGGGCGUAGGUGACAUUCCUGAAGAGUUGUCCAGCCGUUCGUCAAGUGAUAUCAGUGUCAAGGACAAGUCAAAGGGUCAUCCCAGCGUAACUUUUCAGUGUGCAUCAGUACCGCACAUGCGUCCAGAGACACCUCGCCAACUGACGCACACGCACGACGAAGACUGUUCGGACGACGAAGAAGUGGCUAAGACUCCGCAGACUAAAUAAUUAAUUUAAAGUAUUCUCGCACCUACAGAUACUGAAGCAUAUUAUUCCAUAUUAAUUAAUAUCGGCGAUGGCCGGAAGCCGGUCAGUUUACAAUAUAAUGUAAAGAUACUGAUCGUACUGUGUCGUCGCGUACUGAGAUCGAAGUUUUUUAUAAAUAAUGUGACUGUAAAACGAAAGUAGUGCCUACAUUGUAUUUAGUUUAAACUACAUGUUCGAGCAGUCAAUGGUUCCGAUUAAACAAUAGUGCAAACGAGUCUGUAUGUCGAUGUGCAAUUACUAAUGUUGAAGUAUUAGAAUGGGUGAAGUGAAGAAGUCUUACGGAUUGAUAUUCAAUUAAUUAAUUUAUAAGAAACUUUUACUUUAGCAUUUUCCAGUCAUGAUUAUGAUUAUAUGAGGCUUUGAUUGUUAUGGAAUCGAAACACUUAGGUAUAUUUUGUUGGAUAUAAUUUAAAAUGGUUAUAUAUUACUACCUAUAUGAUACAACUGUUCAUUAUUUUACUGGAAAUUAUUUAGAUUGACUUUUAUUUACAGAGUGUUAUUUGUCUAGAUUUGCAAUUGCAAAAAUGCACAAUUUAAAGAAGUUAUUUUUUGAAAUUAUUGCUUUGUUAUAAUUUUAUUUAUUUGUUAUUACUUUCUAGGUAAGUUGGUAUAAUCGAUAAAUUUGAGAAGCAGAAAAAUGUAACAAGUAAAAUGUUAUUCUCCCAGAUCUAAUGCAGUAAAAGUUUAGAGUCAAUAUAAUGUCCAUUCGUCGGCUGUGUAUUUAUUAUAGCAAUUGGAUAAUUUGCAUGUUAUUAUAGUCGUAUGAAUAUUAACUCUUCACGAAGGUGAGGUGAGAUGCGUUUUGUCGUUUUACUAGGUAGCUAACGAUAUGCCAUCAGAUAUUUAUUGUGGCCUGCAACAUCUCUGAUCCAUAGCAUUGUCGCUAACCAAGAAUUUGAUACAUUCGUUUUGGCUACCAUUUACCACGAGGUCCAUCGUACCAUAACCGACGUAGAGUUUUUUUUGUUUACAAUGCAUUACUUUAAAAUAGAUUGGAAUAAAACAAUUUAUUAAA